AUGGAGACUCGAUCAGUGCUGUCAUCUGGGUUGGGCGGUAAGGACAUGGUGAUAAUUGCUUCACGAGAGGAACUAGCCCUACCGAGCAAGGUGGUCCUCCCUGAGCCAGAGCCUGUGCCAGGAUUGAUCAUGCCUGAUGGCUCAAUCAACUGGGGCUGCCCCUGCCUUGGAGGCAUGGCCACCGGCCCAUGUGGGACUCAGUUCCGAGAGGCAUUCUCAUGCUUCCAUUACAGCGAUGCAGAGCCGAAGGGAAGUGACUGCUACGAAAAGUUUAGCGUAAUGCAGGACUGUAUGGCCAAUUACCCUGAGCUGUACGGACGAGACGAAGACGACGAGCUCGCCGCUGCAAUGGAUGCCUCGAGCGGCGCUGGCGACAGGCCUGACGCCCCCGGUGACAGGGCUGACGCGCCCGCUGACAGGCCCGACGCGCCCGCUGACAGGCCCGACGCGCCCGACCGACCCGCCGGCGAUGUAGCCUCGGUUCUACAAAAAUAA